AUGGCGACUUCUUUUCUCGCUCCUCCGCUCUCCUCGUUCUCCAUACCGAAUCCGUGGACGUCGGCGGAGCACAGCCCUCGUUCCCCUCCUACCGCCAUUAUCCACCGUCCAUUGAAACCCACAAUCAAUCCCUUCUUUCACUCAAAUCCCUUUCGAGUCAACCACCAUCAUUCCUCCUUCCGACCUCUCCUCCCCUUCCGCGCAUCUUCCGUUCCUCCGCAAUCCGACCCUCCUAAACCGCAACCACCAGCGCAACCCGCAUCCAUCAUCCCCCAGAAACCGCCUUCCCCGACCCCCUCCCAACCACCCCUGCCGGUGUCGCCAACGUCGGUGGUUACAUGGGGCGGCCGGUUACCAUCCACGCGACGGCUCGUGCUGGGAUCGUUAGGGUUUGCUGGUUUAGCGCUGGGGUCGAAUUUCCUUGGCUCCACGAGUGCUCUCUUGGGAACAGUAGAGGACCCUGCGCGGUCAGCGCGCCUGGAUGUUCUGUUCCCUAUCAAGGGUUACAAGCGGUGCUAUGACACGGUGAAUGGUUUUGAAUUCCUCUUUCCAGCCGAAUGGGUGGGGGACCAGACAUUGCUAUACCGAGCAGCGGAGCGCAGAGAAAGAGAACUCUCGCUGGACCCACCUCCCCUCGCCUCCCCUUCCUCCUCCUCCUCCUCCGCCUCCUCGCAACAAGCACGCAGAGCAGGUGCAGUUGAUCCUGUGGCGGCCUUUGGCCCGCCGGGGGGAAACGGGGAGCUCAAUGUGAGCGUCGUUGUUGCUCCUGUGCCACGAGGCUUCAGCCUUAGGAGCUUCGGAGACGCAGAGAGCAUCGGUGGCAGGCUGUUGGCUAACGUCAUUGCACCUGCUGGGUCUGGAAGGGAGGCCAUGCUGCUAAAUGCAAGCGAGAAGGAGCUGGAUGGCGUGCUGUACAUAAGACUGGAGGUUCUGGGUGACAAUGUGUAA